GGAGCAGCAGCUGGUCUCAGCUAUGUUGGGGCCUAUGUCAUUAACACCUAUAAGAGCUACGACAACUUUCUGCAGGACAAGUAUGCUCUGCUGCCAGCCACGAUCAUUAUUUGCGUCGCUGUGGUAAUGUUCAUCAUUGGGUUGAUGGGCUGCUGUGCCACCUUCCGGGAGUCUCGAGUUGGUCUAGGGCUGUUCUUGGCCGUUAUCCUGGUUAUCUUUAUUGCAGAAGUAUCUGCUUUUGUCCUGGGAUUCGUUUACAGAGAAAAGGUAAAAACUGACGUGCAAGGCACAAUGCACUCAGUCUUUGAGAAGUAUGGUGGGAAAAAUCCAGAGUCUACUGUUGUGGAUUACUUGCAAGAACAGCUUCACUGUUGUGGGGUAAAGAACUACAGUGACUGGACAACCACGCAGUGGUUUAAUUCCACCGGUAACAACAGCGUCCCUCUGAGCUGCUGCAGGCAAGAUAUGAAGAACUGCACAGGGCGUCUGGAUCAGCCGCAGGAACUCAAUACGCGGGGCUGCGCAGAGGAGCUGGAGGCUGGGCUGCAGAGCGUUAUCAAUUACGCUAUGCUUGUAAUCCUGGGGUUUGCCAUCGUAAAGUUCUUUGGCAUGCUGAGUGUCUGCGUGCUUACAUGCAAGAGAGAAGACAGUGGAUAUCAGCCUCUUUACUCAGGGGUGUUUGCUUAA